AACACGUCACCUCUCGCCCACACCUCAAAGUCAGCACAAGUCUCCGAUCACUUUGCCACUUGCGUCCUGCUCCGAGUCGUCCGUGCCGUGACCCGCCCCCGAAGCCGCAUGGAGACCAGCUUGACCAUCAGCAACGUCGAGCCGGAGCCGCUCGAUCUGCCCGUCGACGCCAGCGACGCCACCGACGAACUCAUGAAGCAGCGCACAGGCAAAGUCACCUCUUCGUCUACCUCCUCCAAUCCCACCUCCUCCUCCUCCUCAUUAGACGCCACGAAGCAGCAGGAUAAAGACGCCGCCAAGCCCCUAAUGGGCUCCUCGCCCACCACCAGGAGGCUGGCCUACGCGCUGGCGCUGGCCAUGAUCCUCGUCACGUUCUACAGCUUCCCCAUGCACCACCACUUCCACGGCCGCAGCGGCAAGAACGCGCGCUACGUGUGGUGGUGCGGCUGGCUCACGGCCAUCGCCACGGGGCUCGGCGCGCUGCCGUUCUACUGGAUCCGCGACCUGGACAAGUUCUGGCUGGGCAUCUGCAACGGCCUGGCCGCGGGCAUGAUGAUCGCGGCCACGGGCUGCCUGUUCUACGAGGGCUGGUACCUGCCGCAGGCGGCUGACUACGCCGUGUCCGUGAGCUACCGACUGCUGCUGGGCGCGUUCCUGGGCGUGCUCUUCAUCAAGUUCACCAAGGUCUUCCUCGAGGACUACGAGGACGUGUCGGUGUGCGGCCUCAAGGGUCUGGACGCGCGCAAGGCGCUGCUCAUCAUGGCCGUCAUGACGCUGCACUCGGUCUCGGAGGGCAUCGGCGUGGGCGUGUCGUUUGGCGGCGAGGGCGGCAUCCGACGCGGCCACAUCGUCACCAUGACCAUGGCCAUCCACAACAUCCCGGAGGGGGUGGCCAUCAGUCUGUCGCUCGUGCCGCGCGGGCUCAGCGUCUUCUACGCCGUGCUGUGGUGCAUCAUGUCGAGCGCGCCGCAGCCUAUCUUCGCGGUGCCGGCCUUCCUGUUCGUGGAGCAGUGGCUGCCGAUCCUGCCGUGCGGCUUGGGCUUCGCCGGCGGCGCCAUGGCCUACGUGGCCGUGCAGGAGCUGCUCCCGGAGUCGCUCGAGGACACCAAGUCCGUGCCCACGACAGUGUCGGCCACUGCGUUUGCCUUCAUGGUGUUCCUGACCAUCCAGAUCGCGCUCAGCGGCUCCCUUUAAGUCGGAGCGAAGUUAAAAGCUGCGUGUGGGGAUAGAUGUACUACUUGUGUAUUUUGAAGGCCAUGACAAGCCGCCGCACGACGAGAGAGACGCAAGCGCAGCGAGCGAGUGAGCACGAAAGGGAUUAACGACGCUACCAAAUGCAAACCUCCAACUAUUUAGCCAACACAACCAUCAACUCAUUGGCGUUGGCUCGAAACGAAACGGUCCUUCUGAUCAUGAGGCGUCGCAGGAAGCCAGAUCCUGAAGUUCAGCUGUUCAGGACCUGAACAGCCACCUCUCCUCGAACGAAGUCCGUUGAGCACACAAGCCAAAAAGCCAAGAAAGCUCAAGCCAAGCAAAUCCGAGCCAUGAAGCUAUCCACGUUGAUCCUGGCGCUCGUGGCCGUCUCGCAGCUGGGCGGCAGCUCGGCCAGCGAGGCCUCCGACAUCAUGCGGCGCCAGCUGCGCGUGGGGAAGGCCGUGGCCUCGCUCUUCGAGAACCAGCACCAGUCGGCUCGCGACCUGCAGGAGCGCACCAUGCAGGACGA